GGGUGGCGAACAUGACUACGCUCGUAGGAUUGCUGGUGGCUCUUGUUGUGGCGGUGGCUCAAGCCUGUACCGAUACGGUGUGGGACCUCUACAUUGGUGGUUCGGAUUUUGGCCAUCAAUGGGUGGUUGCGAUGCCAGUUUCCGGAAAUCCGAUCUCUUCUGGAGACUGCGUCAGGGCGGAUUUGUACAAGGAUGACAUAUCUCUGGGGGGAUUCGCGGGGACCACCGUUCACAAAGUCCGGACCAAGCCGAUGAACGAGUGUGUAGACCCGUCCUUGAAGAGACAAGGCCGAAUUUGCUGUGCAGAGAGCGCGUUCAAGAGUGCCAAGGAACACGCCAUUGUGUACAAGCCAAACUCGAAGGAAAUUGAGCCCUACAACGCGGCUACAAACAACUGUCAGCAUUUCGCCGCGCGCAUGUCGGAGAUUUUGCUCAAGUCGUUCGCUCAUACACGACGGAUGCUACGUGAAACGAAUGGAAGGAUGUUCGCUCGUGCUGGCGCUGCCGUCAAGGAUGGGUUGGCGAAGGCUGGUGCAGCUGCGAAGAGUGGCCUGGCGAAAGCUGGUGCAGCUGCGAAGAAGGGGGCUCAUGCGGUGGUAGGUGCGAUUAAGCGACUGUUUGACAUUGGAGCUACGGCCAAGAAAAACGGGUGGACUCCAGUGCGACUAACCAAGGGCGGUCAAGUUGCAGCUGGCGGGAAGGGUGGUCAUGCUGCUGCUGCCGGGAAGGGUCGCCGACCUGGCAAGUGAGCAUUGCAGCAAACUGAAUAGCUCCUCUACGUUCAUUAAUACUCUGUGAUUGCAUGUGGAAUGUGCCACUGCAC